AUGGCUGAAGCGGACGUUCAGAAGGUCGAGCUAGAUCAAAUGCGACUGGAGGAUGCCGAAGCCACAACUCUUUCGAAGUUGGAAGAGGCUCAGCGGCGAAAACAAGACUACAGCACGUACUACGGCUUAGCUGUUCGCUACGGCCCCCUACCCGGGGAAAAGUUUGACCUCGCCACCUACCCCGGCAGCCACUAUCACGGCAAGAUCCUCGACGCCACCAGGGUCAUCCAAAUCUGGUGGUGGAGUGUUUGGCCGCCGCUGCUACGCCAUCGCAAGGCAGCGGCUCUGGCGAUACAAUCGCAAUUUCGGGGCUUCCUUCAGAGACAGAAGUGGCGUGCCAUCAUCCGCUUGAGGACGCUUUGGGGAAACACGCGAAUCGUGACCCACAGCUUCGUGGUCUGGCGAAUCACUAUUACGACGGCCCUACGCGUAAAAACGUUCACCGGCCGGUUGUCAAACCGUCGGAAGGGGAGAGUUUUCGGGGCCCUCUUGAGUAACGCCCAGGAGAGACGAGCGGCGCGGGAGGAACUUCUGCGACAGCGUAUACGGCGGGUUUCGGAAGGGGUUCGGCUUCGAGUUUUCGAGAGCUGGGAUUUUCGAGUCCGUGGCCUAAUCGACGUUGAGCAGCGGCGCCUUGAUCGCCUCCGAGCCGCUCUCGACCGGCACACCCCUUCGAUAAAGAAGAACGCCUUGGCGUUCUUGGGAACAGCAGCCGGCAAGGAGGCCGUCGCGAGCACGCUAGCCACGGCCCCGCCUGCCUCUGAGUCCGAAGCGGAAGCGAAGCAAGAGAUGGUGCGGCGUUUCGUGUGGCGAGAGCAAGCGCUGAUGAGGCACGACUUCAACACCACCUCGCCACCCCCGCCCCUGUGUUGCCCACGCUCGGAUAGCUGCGACGCCACCUUUGUCGACCGCGGCCACGCCCUGCGCCACGCGGCUGAUGUACACCCAACGGACUCGCCUGGGGUGGCAGAGCUGUCCGUGACGAUGAGAGACCCUGUUGGACUCGCGGUGUUCGAAGAAUUUGUCGAAGCCGCGGCCGUCGCCGCCGAGCCUGACGGGAAGGGCAGUUUUACACGGCAAGCAAGCUCUGACGAACAACCGCCCGUGAAGCAGAGCGACCAAGGGUCUACUCCAGCUUCUUCCGUUGGUGCCGCUGCCCGCGAUACUUUAGACGUGUGGAAGGCGAUUCAGGCGUGGAGGUUGAUUUCCUCGGAUCAAAAGCGUUUCCAACAACUCGGUGAGGCAAUUAUUCUGAGUCGCACCAAGUACCCCCACCUUCCCGACGACGUCAGAGUCGCCCUCGGCGGCGAGCAACUACGCCGCCUCUUCGGAGAGCUGGGAGCGACACACGGCGGCAAACCGAACAAGAAGCUCCUCCCCGGCCGUGGCAACCACACCUCCACGCUACAGCGACCAUCACCCCCAAGAAGUGGUGAUGACGCACGCGUCACUACCGUAGUAGAACCUUCCGCCCUGGAAGAGGCGAGCUUCCGAGCCGUCGCGUUCUUGAGCGAGUGCCAAGUCGGGCUGGCGUUUCUAGGAAGCUCGGCGUACAGGACGUACUUGGACGGGGUGCACAAGCCGAUGAGGAAUGCCGUUGAGGCGGCAUCGGCUGAGAUCGCGGCCGCUGAGGAGGCGGAGUGGGCGGCUGAGGCCCACAGUCUCCGGAAGGCGGCCCUCGAUCGCGAGCAAGAGGCGCAGGUCGAGUGUUUGGCGAACCAGGCUACGCGGCUUGUCCUGCAAGGGGCUGUCGGGGCGAGCCUCCUGGGCGGCUUGAUUGACGAUCAGGCGUCGCUACUCGCGGUGGUCAUCAUCGCGGAGCGGAGCACGUUCGCCAAGGUAAUUUCGGCCGUCUGGAACGAAACGGUGGACGAGGCGGCCCACCUCAUCGCCCUCGAGGACCGCGAGAUCGACCCGGGAGUCGCCUCCGCUCUCUCCGAAGCGGCCUGCUCUUUCGCUCGGUCUCGAAUCAUGGACGAGCUCAUCGAUCAGUGCGGUGUAGACCUCACGGGCCCGGAGGGAGACCUGUGGGCCGAUGCCAGACCGAUGGAGGCGGUGGCGGACGGCCUGGGGUACCAAGUGAGGUCGAAGGUAAUGUCGGAGCUGGUUGAUGAAGCCGUGUCGGAGCUGGCGGCGUCCGGGGAAGCGGAAGAGUUGAUGUCAGAAGCGGCCCUCGCUCGCAGAAGAAGAGAAGAUGAACUGAGGGAGGGGGGAGAGGCUAAGGAUGAGGCCGACGGGAUUGCGGGGGCUGGGGACGUGGUUGCCUCCGGAGGAGGGGGCAAGGCUUCGGAGGAGAUGGCUUCUCUUGGGGCGAGGACGACAGACGACGACGGCGGUUCACGGCGGCAUUCGACGGCAACCGCCGUGGCAGCUUCUUCUUCUGCCUUGGUGCUUGUUGGGGCGGACGAAGUGCGCGGCGGCUUGGAAGAGGCAGGGGGUACUGACGGCGAGGGUCGGAGGGAAAGCUCCGUCGACAGGACUGGCGGCAGUAGUGGGAGAAGCAGCGUCGGCAGCACGCUGGCGGAGACGGAGGCGGCCGUGCUCAUGCAGUCGGCCCUGAGGCGCAAAGCGGCGUACCGGGAGAUGAAAAAGGUGGUCGCGCAAAAUUUUAUCCGCAUGUACGACCCCGGCGAGGGUGCGUUCUACUGGUACAACCAGGCAACAAUGGAAUCUACGUGGGACAAGCCGGUCAUCAUCGAUUUGUACUUCAAGAAACCCGUCGUCGCCAAGAGUACGUACUUGUUCCGAGAAGCAAGUACGGGGGGAUCGCGGCGUUCCGUAGUCGACGGUUUCGAGAGUAGGAGAGUCUCGAGUUAG